AUGGUCAACAAACUCGGCUGCGGUCAGCUUCUUGGACGAGACCUAAUUUGGAUCCUGAGCAAGGCAUUCCAACACCACGACAUACACACGCCGGACGAAGCAGAUACUUCCGCCUUCGCAGCUACUGAGUGGACUUCGCGAGGUGCCCAUGAAGACGCCAGAGAAGCCAGUGCUUCCGUCCCGUCAUUAGCUCGACCCCUUUCCCAACAGCGUAUCCGAUCUAUCUCACGGCAUCAUGGCGCCAUGAGCGCAGCCCAAAGAGACUUUCUUUCCGUCUUGCCAGCACAAGCCCCUGUGGCAGUGCUUGUCAACAUUUACUUUGAGAAGAUCCAUUGGUUUAUGAUGAUAUUCUUCACAAGCGAGUUUCGAGCCCGAGUUCAAGAGCUUCAUACUACUGCACCACCGGGAUCUCCACCAAGAAAAGCGAAUCCUGGUAUACUUGGUCUUGUGCUUGCUGUCUGCUUAACUAGCCUCCGCUACGCCAGCCCCGAGCAGCACUCUCAACUCGUUGAACUUGGCGUUGAUCCAGAUUCAUUGCAAGAAAACAUAUUGGCGACAUUGAAGGUGAGAUUCCUCGACGUAGUCUCCCUGGGAUCCAUCGAGGCUGUGCAGAUGUGCAUCUUGUUAGGAAGUUUCUAUCUGUACCACGGGGAACCCGAGCUUGCCUGGCCCAUUUGCGGAAGCGGUUUGCGUAUCGCCCAAGCUCUCAAACUUCAUCAACGACACAAAGAUGAAGAUGAGCUCUCAACCGUACCCGACGUUGACAACCCGGUCCACAGGGCAGCUGAGACACGCAAAAGAUGCUGGUGGGCUAUCUAUGAGAUUGAGACCUUCUGCUCGAUGCUGUAUGGCUUUCCUCUUAGCAUCGUUGACGAGGAUUGCAACGUCGAAGUACCCGAACAAUAUCCUUUGCGAUCAAAAGAUGCGUCUUGGGAGUCCAUAAGAUGGAAGUCGACCGGAAAAGCUACUGUACUCUCAUACAAGGUGUCGAUGGCACAGCUGUCGAUUAUUGUGAAAAGGGCGCUGUCGGAGCUCUACGGGAACCGGAAGCAGCCCAACAGCAACGAGCUCGGUGCAAGACCCGAAGGUCCAUUAGUUCAGCGUCUCAUAAAUGCAGUUACUAGCUUGGACCAACACAUCCGUCAGUGGCACGACCAUCUUCCGCAAGAGUUGGUCUUCAAAGAAGAUGAGGUUGCAAUCGCAGCUGACUGGCCCGGGGGCGCCAAUCAUUCUCUGAGGCCGGAACAUCACCAGCACACUUUCCGCAUCCAGGGACUGGCACUCAAACUCGCAUACGAGAACGCUAGAAUACUGGUCCACAGGCCCUUACUAGCCUACAAAGCAAUGAAGAAGAUCAAUACGGCCGAGGGUUCGGAUUUCCGUUCAAUCGGAGAGAAUGAUCCGCUCCAGCGCUCGGUGCGAAGUUGCCGAGACGCGGCCUUGCAGAUUGCCAACAUUGGCUGCACGCCGCACUUCAAAGAGGUGAUUGACACAUACGCGUUGUCAUUUGUUGCGCUACAUCUGUUUACUGCCGGUGUUACGCUCUCCAUCAUGACGGGACUGGACCCAUUGAGCCGGGAGGCCUAUGACUCCAAAAUGGGCCUUCGAAAAUUGAUGGAGAUGCAUUCUCAGCUCAAGUCCAAGUCUGUUGUCGCCGAGCAGGGACUGAACAUUCUCACGAAACUGAUGAAGCUAGUCAUGACUAAGGAGAUGGAAAGAAUGCUUCACUUGGAUAUUCCCCCACAAACAGAAACCGACCAAAAUGGAAGAGACAUCGAAACAAGGGCUAGCCUGAAUGCCAUUGAAGUCACUGGCCAGAGUCCCAACAGGGUUCCCAUAGACUCAAACAGCAACAUCAACCAGAUCGCACUACAGCAAAGUCCGCCGGCGGCUGACUUGGUAGAGGAUGCCACAGCGAGCCUAAGCUUCAGCGAGGACCCAAUCAUAACACAAGCGCUCUCGGAAUUCGAGCAGAUCAUGAUGUAUGAUAUCAAUGGUGUCGGGGAGGGAGACCCGGUGGAGUUCAGCGAGUACCUCACCGAGAGUUGUUUCGGGAGACAGGAUCAGGGAUGGAUAUGGAACCAAGGACACUCGUUUGCGAGCUAG